GGGUCAUGGCAGCGGCGUCGGAACCCUGGCAGGCUGUGGGUCCGCGGAGGAGAAGGUGCUCUGCCGCGCGGCGUCCACGGGGGAGGGAGGCACCGGCCCGGGGCCCGGAGGGCGAGCCCCAGGCGGACUGCGGAGUCGUGCUUCGUCGCAUCCGGGAGGCUGGGGAGGACCUGCUUCUGUCUGAUUUCUGGAGUCUGGCACUAGAAACCAUCAACGGCUGUCUUACAAAACAUCUGGAACAACUGAAGGCCUCUGAGGGGACUCUUUCCGAAGCCCUUGGAAACCUGCAUCUUGACUCCUCACCAGAUGAGGCUGCUGUGACUCCUGGCUCCAUCCCAGGAGAGACCCCAGUCCCGGGAAUCUGCCGUUUGAAGUGUGUAUGUUAUGGCAUUGGGAACUUUGCCACCUGCGUCAUAGCUAGACACCAGCUCACGUUUCUGCUUCUCUUCCUGGAAAAGUGCCAGAUUCCCAGAAGGCACUGCUGGGUGUACGACCCUCUGUUUAGCCAAACAGAAAUCACGGUUCUGAAUAUGCUCGGUGUGACUGUCCUCAGCGAGAACGAGGAAGGCAGACGGAGCAUCGGCGGCGAGCCCACUGUCUUCUACAUGCCCCACUGCGGCACAGCCCUGUACAACAACCUUCUGUGGGGCAACUGGUCGGUAGACGCCCUUGCCAAGAUGCUCAUCAUCGGGAACAGCUUCAGAGGACUUGAGGAAAGAUUGCCGGCCAGGAUUCUGCAGAAAAAUUAUUGCUACAUUGCAAAGAUUCUGGAAGCACUGGAGGAGCUUAAGCUGCCUGAGACCUCGCAGUACACGGACAUAUUUAACGAUACCUCCGUGCACUGGUUCCCCAUACGGAAGCUACAACAACUGCCCCCGGACGCUUGGGCAUUUUGGGAAGAACCAGACUAUCGGGACUGCGAGGGCCUGGAAAUCAUCAGGAACAAGCCAAGAGCUCCUUCAGCUGCUGACCUAAGCUCGCUGUGACGUGCUGGGUGCUGGCUGAGGCAGCAGCAGCUGCCACCAGAGAUGACCGGGAGGGUGGCCACGGAGGGAGUGCAGCGGGCCCGGCUUCCUCCUUAGCAGAGGACGUGCUGUGGAAGGGCUCCGUGUAAAGACUGAGGCGCCUCUC